AUGACAGCGUCCGAGAGGCCAACAGAUAGGGCGGUGUCCGUGUGCACCCCAACGACGGCGCGGACCAAGCUCGUAUUCGAGAUCGUCGGGUACAGCCUGCACAAGGGCAUCGGCGCCGGCAAAUUCAUCCAGUCCAAGCCCGUCUCCGUCGGCGGCUAUGAAUGGUGCAUACGCUACUACCCCGACGGAGACGAGGACCACGUGGCAGUCUACCUGGAGCUCCUGAGCAAGGGUGCCAAGGUAAGGCUGAUCUACGACCUGAGGCUGGUCAACCACGCCGUCGAACUCUCCACGGGGAGGUGCUGUCCGAAAUCGUCGCAAGAGUUCGAUUCCCUCGACGCCAAUAAGGGCCCAUUUCUCCUUGGGAGAAACAAGUUUAAGAAGAGAAGCGAACUAGAGAGGUCUCCAUUCUUGCGGGAUGACUGCCUCAUGAUUGAGUGUGACCUCACCGUGAUCAUGGAACCACUUGUCGAGGAGAUCCAUAAAAUCCAUGUGCCACCCUCAGACUUGGCAGAUAAUCUUGGAACAUGGCUAGAUACGGGGGAGGAAGCAGAUGUGACAUUCAAUGUUAGAGGGGAGACUUUCCCUGCUCAUAAGAUCGUGCUUGCGAUGCGGUCACCGGUCUUCAAGGCACAGCUCUAUGGACCGAUGGGAGACAAGACGGCGCAGAACAUAACCGUGGACGAUAUGCAGCCUGCUGUUUUCAAGGAUCUACUUCAAUUCAUCUACAAGGAUUCGUUGCCUUUCCUGGACGACCUCGAUGAUGAGAAGGGUGACAUGGUUAAGCAUUUACUGGUGGCUGCAGAUCGAUAUGCCAUGGAAAGGAUGAAGAUAAUAUGCGAAGCCACUCUGUCCAAAAGUCUUACUGUCGAGACUGUCGCGGCCACGUUAGCUCUGGCUGAUCAGUAUCAUUGCAGCGGGCUAAAAGAUGCUUGCAUUGAAUUUGCCAUCUCUUGUAAUAGAAUGGGUGGUGUGGUUGCAAGCCAAGGGUAUGUGCACUUGAAAAGAUCAUGCCCGGCUGUCUUAGGAGAUAUCCUGGAGAGAGUAACGAAGUCUCCCAAAGUUCAGUGUUCAUGA